AUGGAUACUUUAAACAUAAGUUGUAGUCAAUUACAUACAAUCAAUUCUACAAAUUCAUCAUUUAAAAUGAUUUUAUUUAUCAAUAUAAAAUUUUUUGCAAUUAUUGUUCAAUUAAUUGGGAUACCAUUAAACUUAUUUGUAUUACAUGGAUUACUCAAUGUGAAGUUAGGAUCACGUUUAACAACACUACUAUUAUGUAAUCAAUGUGUAUUUGAUUGUCUUAUUUGUACAUUUGCUUUAUUAAAAAUAUUAAAAUCUGAACGUUGGUAUACAGGUUAUAUAAUUAUUGAUAGUGUACUAUGUUACGUGUGGUUUAGUCACACAUUAUUUUGGCUGGUUGUAUUACUAAGUUUAAGUAAUAUGAUGUGUACAGCUUUAGAUCGUUUAGGAGCUGUUGUUUGUAGUCGUACAUAUCAAUUACGUCAAAAUAUUUACAUAAUAUUAUCAUAUACAAGUAUUUCAAUUUACUCAUUAAUAUUAAUCGCUAUCAAUCCAUUAUUAUUACAAUAUCGUGAUCAGAAAUGUUAUGAUACUAUAUUAUAUGAUAAAAACUGGAUAUAUAUAUUAAUGAAAGUGGAUUCUAUAUUGUGGCCAUGUCUUACUUAUUUAUUUCCAUGUGUUUUAACUGUCAGUGUGUAUGGAAAAGUUAUAGGAGUGUUGAAAAGUACAACAUUUCGCCAUCAAUAUAAUUAUUAUAAUAAUAAUAGUUUUAGUACUGCUAUCAGUAUUAAUAGUAGUACCAACAACAGUUGGACACGUAAAAUAUCAAGUCAUAAAUUAACUGUAUCCUAUGCUAAACAAAAAAGAUAUCGUAAAAUUGCUCAGUCUUUAACAAUAGCUACAUGUAUUAUGCAAACAAUAUUUUUAAUAACGCAUUCAUAUGACAGAAUUUAUUACUUUCUUGGUAUACAUCGAUGGAUACUUUAUCAAAUUGAUUGUACAACUCAUUUAAUUGGUUUAUGGCUUGUAACACUGAAUAGUUGCAUUAAUCCAAGUACGCUUAUAUUUAUUGUACGCCCAUUACAAAUCCAUCUUAUUCAAACCAUUAAUCAGUGUUUUUGUAAAUAUUCAAAACGAUCCAAUAUGCAAACAUCAACAAAUUAUUUAAGUGAACAACAAUCUGAAACGUGUUUAAGCAGAACAGAAUUCGGAAAUAGGUCAAAUGGAAUUGAAUCAUAA